GAAUUAUACAGUUAACGAUAUACAGAGAUAGACCACUAGUGAAAUGACAAGCUUCAACGAAAGCUUGGAGGUGUCAUUAGCAAAGUUGUAUGAGAAGUCGCCCACAUUCAAUGUGUCCAUUGAACUAAUACAAAAAUUGGCCAGGCAUUUGAAAUUUGAAACUUUUGUUGAUACUGAUGUUAGUUUUAGUAAUUCUUUGACAAAGCUUAAAGGUUCUACAGAUAAGCAUGCGAGGUUAUCGAUAGCUGGGACCAGACUGUUGAUAGAUAUUGAUUUCACUGACGAUAAAAAUAUAAUUAGAGUGGGGAUUUCAUUAGCCAGCCGUAAAUCCAGUGAAGAAAAUGAUCAUGAAAUGCCACUGGCUGAACUCGAUCUGUACAUUAGUAGAUCAGAAAAUAAUGGAACCAAGGUUAUAACUCUUGAUUUGACAAAGGAGCAUGCUUACUCAAUUACAUUAGGUGAUUUCAAUGAAAACGGAAUCGAAAAACUACUUUUCAAUAACUUAAAUCAGUUAAAAUUGAAUACCUUCCCUGAAAAUCUAAAGUUUAUAUCUAAUCUUGAUAGGUUGUCUUCCUCAUCGUUGGAUUUAUUCCAUUAUUUUAACUCUCUUGUAUUAUUAUUCCACGUUAUUCACAAAAUCGAGUUAGAGAAACAACCGGGUAAUUGGCAAGUUGAAAAAGGUUACGCUAGUAAAAUAGGGAAACCAUCGUCGAACAACGUUAAAACCAAUGAACUUGGAUUAUUUAUAACAUACUGGAAGGAUCUAAGGUAUCUAGACCAUGAAGCUAGUCUAAGUGACGACGAGUAUACCUUUGAAUUAUAUAUUGAUGAAACAACUCGUGAACCAAUCGAUUAUUUAGAAGAACAGAAAUAUAAUGACUGGAUCUUAGACGAUGAUCAAAACCAACCAAUCAAAUAUAAAUUUGGAUUUCAAGAUGGAACUCAAUUACUACCACCAAACUCGAGCGAUUCUUCGGAGUCAUCAACAGAAACUAAAAGAUGGUCUAUAUAUUUAAAAUUGAACAAACCAGUAUAUGUCCCAGCAUCAAGUAUUGAGCUUUUAGGAUUGGUUAAUUAUCUGACUGUAUCGCCAGAGAAAGAUGAAGUAUACAACUUAUUGCAACAGGAUGAAGCAAUGAUCAGUUUUGAUCUUGAUAAACCAACCAAACUUACAUUUAAACAACAAUUAGCCCAUAAAAUGAUUGCAUUAAAAUCGCUAGAAUUGAAUCAUUUAAGUGAUAUCACAAAUUUGGUUGCAAUACUAAGAAAUCAAAUAAUACUCACAAAUAUCAUAAGAUCAUCACUCAAGCAUCAUUCGGUCACCCAAGGUUUCGAAAUUAAAACUGAACACGGAAUCAGUACGAGAAGUACUGAAUUAUCAGCAGAAGCUAAGAAAAAAUUGAAAGAAUCUCUUAAGCUUCCAGAUGAUGUUACCGAAGAAGCAUUAUUGGGACUUGGAGCAGUUUCAGAAAAUGCCAAUUAUACCAAUAAUAAAAUUAUCAAUCCGAAAGAAAUUGACGUGGAAACUUUUAUGACAGAACUGAACGAUAACGAGGAUUCAAGUGGUAAAGAAGAUCCAGGAAUUGAAUUAGUCUGGGAAGAUAUCGAAUACCAAAGUGAAAACAAGGAUUUAACUUUUAAAUUGAAAGGUAUCAAUGGAACCUUGAGAUUUAGAAUAUCUAAUGGGGAAAUAAGGUUGAUUCCACAAGAUGAUGAUAUCGAAAUGAAGGGAAGCGAAGAGUCCAAUGACGAAUUUCAUAAGAAAGUGAUCAAGGGACUUAAUGUUUCAGAAGAUUUAGUAGAAAGUUUACAUUUUGCAUAUACUUGAGUCCAC